AUGUGUCAAUUAAAUUUAUCAUUGGUACAUGGCGCAUCUCGUUAUAAAAAUCAUCAAUAUCCUAUUCAAGAACAGGAUGAAACAUUGGUACCUAUCAAUGAAUAUUUUCAACAACAUCAUCCGAUAAAUCAUCAACAUAAAUCUUUAUAUAAAACAGAUCUAUUAAUCGAUAGCAACGAAAUACCAACUAGAGAUCGAACAUCAAUAUCUCGUGUUAAUUGGUUUAAACGUGAUUCACGUCUACCUAAUCAAGGCAAUAAACGCAUGCUUUGUUUUUUUCAUGCUGUCAAUUGUUUUGGUUAA